UGGCUCAGCCACCCGAUCGGGCUCUUUUCGGCGCAAACGGGCGCCGCGCGCGUAGCCGCUGCCACGCUGACCUCCCGCUCCUGCCCGCUGCUGUGCUGAGCCCUGGCAGCGAGCGAAGGAAGUCACCCAGAGGGGCAGGAGGCGGCGGGGACCGGGGCCCCGGGGUUUAUAUGGCUGCUCCCCCUGAGCGGGUGGUGUGCGCCACCGAGCUCGCCCAAAGCGCCUUGGGCUCAGAACGGCUCUGAGUUGUACCGCCUGCGGACAUCGACUUAACAGUUCCAGGUCCGCCAAACCGCGGGCGGGGACCCCAGGAGCGGAGGAGGUGGCGGCGGCGGCAGCUGUCUCUUCCAGAGGGCGAUGUGGCCGGCCGGCGCAGGCACCAAGCUGCCCUGUCCCCGGGACUCCGCGCUCCGGCGGGCGGCUUUCUCCGGGAACCUCACGGCCCUGCCUUCUCACUUGGUGCCCGCCGGUCGCAGUGUCCGGGUCUUCAUCAGCGCCAACCCUGAAGGUCACAUGCCAGUGCAUCUUUUAGCAGAACUAGAGUUGUAUUUGGACCCUGGUAACAAGCAAGUCUCGGAAUUUCUAGGCUUUCAGACCAUAAACUACAAGAGAAGAUAGAAGGAGUAAUGGAUAUUCAACACCAAGAAACAGUGUGUAUCCCGGGGGGGAGCAGAUGCAUGCACUCCUUCAACCAGUGAAUGUUCAUA